CUGCUGCCGCCGGCGCUGCUGCUCUGGCUGCUGUGCGCCCGGCCGUGCCCCUGCGGCACGGCUCCGGCCUCUUCCUCGCAGCCCGUGACCGCCCGCCUGGCGGCGAAGUGGCCGGCGACGCCGCUGCUGCUGGAGGCGAGUGAAUUUAUUGCAGAAGAUGGUAAUGAGAAGUUUUGGCAGUUCUUGGAAACUGUGCGGGAAUUAACAGUUUAUAAGAAAGGAGAUUCAGAGUACUCCUAUUACAAUUUAAUCUUGAAGAAAGCAGGACAAUUUUUAUCCAAUUUGCAAAUCAAUCUGUUGAAGUUUGCACUUUCCAUACGAGCUUAUUCUCCAACUGUUCAGAUGUUUCAGCAGAUUGCAGCUGAUGAACCUCCACCAGAAGGCUGCAGUGCAUUUGUGGUUAUCCAUGAGAAGCACACCUGUAAGACUAAUGCAAUAAAAAAGCUGCUGAAGAAGGCUACUAAGAGACCCAGGCCGUAUCUUUUUAAGGGAGACCAUAAAUUCCCAGCUCUCAAAGAGGAUGGCCCAGUAGUUAUUCUAUAUGCAGAAAUGGGUACAAAAGACUUUGUCAAAUUCCACAAGAUUUUAUCUGAGAAGGCGCAAAAGGAGGAAAUUGUUUAUGUUCUCCGGCAUUAUGUCCAGAAACCAAAUUCCAGGAAAAUGUACUUAUCUGGAUAUGGUGUGGAACUUGCAAUAAAGAGUACAGAAUAUAAAGCAGUAGAUGACACGCAGGUUAAAGGAGCAAAUGAGACAAAAGAAGAGGAAGAUGAGGAAGAAGAGGAGGAAAGUGAUGUCCAAGGAUUUCUCUUUGGCAGAUUAAAACAGAUGCAUCCUGAUCUGAAAAACAAUCUGAUGGAGUUUAAAAAACAUCUAAUUGAAACUACUAACAACAUGGAACCACUGAAGGUUUGGGAGAUGCAGGAUCUUAGUUUUCAAGCAGCUACUCGAAUUAUGUCUGCACCUGUUUAUGAUGCCUUAAAGGUGAUGAAAGACACUGCUCAGAACUUCCCAAUAAGAGCCAGAUCACUGACAAGAGUACCUGUAGACAAGAAAAUGCAAAAUGAAAUAGAAGAAAAUCAGAAGCAUUUCCAUGAAACACUUGGAAUCCAACCUGGAGAGGCACGUUUAUUUGUAAAUGGCCUUCAUAUUGACCUGGAUUUUCAUGAUCCCUUUAGUAUUUUAGAGACUCUUAAAGUGGAAGGAAAAGUGAUGCAUGGCCUUCAUGAACUCGGAAUCAAAGGGGAUACCCUGAGUAAAUUUAUGAGGUUGCAUGUACAUCCUACAGAUAACAAUUAUGCACUAGAUAUUCGUCACUCUUCAAUAAUAUGGAUAAAUAAUAUAGAACAAGAUCACAGCUAUAGCACAUGGCCUGCAAGCUAUCAGGAAUUGCUAAAACCCACAUUUCCUGGAUUUUUACAGGAGAUUAGACGCAAUUUAUAUAAUUUGGUACUUUUUGUUGAUCCUGUCCAAGAAGAUACUGGUGAUUAUAUGAAGCUAGCAGAAUUAUUCUAUCAUCAUGAUGUACCACUUAGAAUUGGAAUUGUUUUCAUUUUAAGUACAAAAGAAGAAAUUGAUGGAAAUGAAGAUGCUGGAGUAGCUCUUUGGAGAACUUUUAAUUACAUUGCAGAGGAAUCUGACACCUCUCAGGCCUUUAUGUCAAUAAUUAAUAUGUACCAUGAAGUGAAAGGUGGAAAUGUUCUGACAGUAGAUGAUGUGAAACAUGUUCUUAGAAGUGAGUACCCCCAUGCUGAUGUUCAGAGUAUCCUGGAUGUUCAUUCUGAAUAUGAUGAAGGGAGGAAGGCAGGAGCAACCUUUUAUAAGAAGAGUGGCCUGGGCCCGCUGCCUCAAGCACUGUUUAAUGGCGUGCCCUUUCCCAGAGAGGAGAUGGAUGCUGCAGAGUUGGAGACACUUAUUCUUCAGAGGAUUUUUGAUGCCACCGGCUUCUUCCAGCGGGCAGUGUUCAUGGGUUUGUUAGAUGAUCAUGUAAAUGCAGUGGAUUUUCUUAUGGAUCAGAACAAUGUAGUUUCCCGUAUAAACCCCCGUAUUCUUGGAGCAGAAAGAAGCUACAUACAUUUCAGAUCCACUUCUGUUCCGUUUCAUGUGGAAGACUUCUCUACUUUCUCCUUUUUGGACUCACAAGAUAAAAGUGCUGUAAUUUCAGAUAACAUGAAGUAUUUAACGAAGAAAGAUGAAGAUGCAUUGUAUGCUGUUACUGUGUGGAUUAUCGCUGAUUUUGAUAAGCCGGCUGGCAGACGACUGCUUUCUAAUGCCUUGAAAAGCCUGAAAACAAGCAGUCAUACACGAGUUGGGAUUUUGAACAAUCCUUCAUCAAAAAUACAGGAAGAUAACACAGCCAUUGCAAGAGGAAUUUUGGCUGCUUUUUUAACCCAAAACAACAGCAACUUAAAAAGUUUCCUAAGUAAACUCAGUAAAGAAGAGACAGCAAAAUCCCUUGCUGCUGGAACUAAAAUUGUUAAAAUCCUCAUCCCAGGAAUGGAUGGCGAUACUUUUGAGAAGAAGUACAACACUUUGGGACUGGAUAUAAUUAAAACCCACCAGAUGUUCUGCCAGGAGGUUCUGAAGCUGCUUCCUGGGCAAAUGGCUGUUAUUAGCAAUGGCAGGGUACUGGGUCCUUUAGAUGAGAAUGAAUUCUCUGCAGAAGACUUUAAUUUGUUGGAAAAGAUAACAUACAGCACUUCAGCGGAGAAGAUUAAAGCUAUUGUCAAGGAGAUGGGAAACAGUAGUAAAAGUGGCAGUGAUUUGAUUAUGAAAAUAGAUGCCCUGCUGUCAUCUUUGCCUAAAACAGAGACAAGACAAGAUGUUGAAUUACUCAAAGAGCAGCACAGCGUAGUAAAAGUCAAGCCUCAAGAGAAUGACCCAUUCUAUGAUAUUAUUGCUAUUGUGGAUCCACUGACAAGAGAAGCACAGAAGAUGACCCAUUUAUUGAUUGUACUCAAGGACAUUAUCAAUAUGAAACUCAGGUUAUUUUUGAACUGCAGAUCUAAGCUGUCUGAAGUGCCUCUGAAAAGCUUCUAUCGUUUUGUUCUGGAACCAGAAUUAACUUAUGGAAUCAACAAGCACCUUCCUUCUGAACCUAUAGCAAAAUUCCUAGAAUUGCCAGAAUCCCCUCUUUUGACCCUAAACAUGAUCACUCCUGAAAGCUGGUUGGUUGAAGCAGUGAACAGUUCCUGUGACCUUGAUAACAUACAUUUGCAGGAAAUAAAAGGGGCUGUUACAGCAGAAUAUGAACUGGAAUAUAUAUUACUUGAAGGACAUUGCUUUGAUGUGACAACGGGACAACCUCCUCGAGGGUUACAGUUCACUCUGGGCACAAAGAAGAAUCCUGUCAUGGUUGAUACUAUUGUGAUGGCCAACCUUGGGUAUUUUCAGCUGAAAGCCAAUCCAGGUGCUUGGACGCUGAGAUUGCGUAAAGGAAGAUCUGAGGAGAUUUACCAGGUCUUUUCCCACGAAGGAACAGAUUCUGUAGCUGACCUGACGGACGUUAUUGUGGUAUUAAACAAUUUCAGAAGCAAAAUUAUCAAAGUUCAAGUACAGAAAAAGCCUGACAAAGUGAAUGAAGAGCUUCUUACAGAUGGAACAACAGGAAAAAAAGGAAGUGUGGAAUCAGUUGCAAGAUUUUCAGAAGAAAUUCCAGCAGAUGAGAAGAAAAAGGAAAGUGAUAUUCUUAACAUUUUUUCUGUUGCUUCAGGCCAUUUAUAUGAACGUUUUUUAAGAAUUAUGAUGCUUUCUGUCCUACGUCAUACAAAAACCCCAGUUAAAUUUUGGUUUCUGAAAAACUAUCUCUCCCCAACAUUUAAGGAUGUCAUUCCUCACAUGGCUCAAAAGUAUGGGUUCAGGUAUGAGUUGGUCCAGUAUAAGUGGCCCCGCUGGCUUUAUCAACAGACAGAAAAACAAAGAAUUAUCUGGGGCUACAAAAUUCUUUUCUUGGAUGUUCUAUUCCCGUUGGCUGUGGAUAAAAUCAUAUUUGUCGAUGCUGAUCAGAUUGUGAGAAGUGACCUGAAAGAACUCAGGGACCUAGACCUAAAUGGAGCUCCCUAUGGAUACACUCCUUUCUGUGACAGCCGCAGAGAGAUGGACGGGUACCGCUUCUGGAAAUCGGGAUACUGGGCUUCACACCUUGGGAAAAGGAAAUACCACAUUAGUGCCUUGUAUGUUGUGGACCUGAAGAAGUUCAGGAAGAUUGCAGCUGGAGACAGGCUUCGGGGCCAGUACCAGGCUCUUAGUCAGGAUCCAAACAGUCUGUCAAAUCUAGAUCAGGAUCUUCCCAAUAAUAUGAUUCAUCAAGUAGCCAUUAAGUCUCUCCCUCAGGAGUGGCUUUGGUGUGAAACCUGGUGUGAUGAUAAAUCCAAGAAAAAGGCUAAAACAAUAGACCUGUGCAACAACCCCCAGACCAAAGAACCAAAACUAAAGGCUGCUGCCCGGAUAGUUCCUGAGUGGGUUGAUUAUGACUCUGAGAUCCGAAACUUAAUACAGCAAAUUGAAAGAGAGAAGAAAAAUCUGACAUCAUUAUUUCAAAAAGGUCUCAAGCACGAUGAACUUUAGCACAGCCCGCGAUCAGCAAUGGUGACAGCUCCGGAGUCUUCAGGGAAGGACUCAACGGGAUUUACAGCUGUUACACUGGCACUAUUUGCAACAUUCUUUAAUGUGAAGUCAAGUAUUUUAUAACUUAAAGUGUUAUUUAAAACAUUUUAAAUGCAGUACAAAAAUGAGAAAUCCACAGGUACCUGGGGAUUUGGGUUUUUUUAACCAGUAUGGAGCAGCUUUCCUGAUGGCUUUGCUUACCUUUUCCUUCUUUAAAGUACAGUUUGCCCAGAGGACUUUGGAAUAUGAAGAAAGAUGUCUUCAACAUUGUCAGUCUGGGGGAGGACACGCACAUUAAAUGUGUUCUUGAAAACUGUUUUCUGCAUAUUCCAUGCAUUUGGCUACUGUAUUUAAAUUAAUCAUCAAAAACUUUGGUUAUAUGCCCAUAGUUUUGUGCCUCAAGAAAUGCUGUGGUCACAAGAAAGAAUUUCAUAAAAAAUAAGAUGACAAACAAAAGAUACACACGAAGAUAACUCCAUGUGGAAGCUAAAACACAGAAUUACACUCUUCCUUUAUUUUGCAGGAUUGCUGCACUCUUACAGAUUUUUGAAACUAAUUUUUGAUUCUUAGGCUCCUUUUGGACACCUAAAUAGUGUGUGAUAAAAUUCCAUUAUGGUUUUGGUUGAGGUGAUUUUCCAACCAGCAUACAUUGCAUCAGAAGGUCAGUACCUGAAAGCUGCUUCUACUACUCACUUUUGAUUAUCAUCAUCCUGUUUAUAACUGAAAAUAAAAUAAUAAAAUACCUGAGUA